AUGGGGAAAAAGGCUGGCCUGAUGACUGCCCGGAAGCUCCGGUUUACUAAGGACUCGAACACGGAGCGUCUUCUGGGAUCGAACAUGGGCAUGGGAACACUGGACAUUGUGGGAGAGUUCCGUAGGGAAAUUCCAUUUCCUGACCUUUCUACAGUGACAUGGAAGGAGGAGGAAUACAUCAAUGUCAGAUCGUCGCAGGAAAAGAAAACCUGCUGGAUCACCGGCUCCGCCCUGCUUUCUACAGGUCUCUUCCUCCUGACAGAUUACAAUAACAAUAGUGUCAAAUUGGUGGACCUCACCUACCGCACCGUCACCUCACGCCUCCAACUGCCAGGCAGAUCAUGGGACGUGUGUGUGCUCCCCGGUGGCCAGGCCGCUGUCACUCUCCCGAAUAAUUCCAUGAUACAAUUGAUGUCGACAACGGGAGGACAGUUGUCCUGUGGAAAGAAAAUUAAAAUGUCAUCUAAGUGUUGUGGUAUUGCGUAUUACAACAAUAUAUUAUACGUUUCGUUCAUAUCUAACCCGCGUAUUGAAGCGAUUACAUUGGAUGGUCACAUCAUAAGUACAUUUCAAAAAGAUGAUGGAAAACAGCUUUUUCAAUCCCCACAUUACCUGACUGUGUCAGCUUCCUCACCACCGACCCUGUAUGUGUCAGGCCAAUACCAAAUACACACCGUCCACCAGCUGUCUCUAGACGGGAAGGCCCUACGAGAGUACAGUGACAAGAAGCUCGAAUAUCCCAAGUCCGUGGUGGCGGUAGGUCCGGGUCAGCUGCUCGUGUGUGGAUAUGGCAGCCACAACGUGAUGCUGCUGACGGAGUGGGACGGCAAGAUGGCGGAAAUACUGGGACAAAAGGACGUUAUGACAAAUCCCUACUAUGUAUCCUUCUGUCCUCACAAACUUGCCAUAAUUGUUGGAAUGUACAAGGGUGACUAUCUGAAGGUAUUUAAAGCAAACUGA